AUGAACGCAGGGGACGAGUUACUGAAGGCCGAGAAUGAGGAAUUAACGAAGACGUUGAAGAGACUCGAGGUUGAAAUAAAAAAGGCACAGCCUGCUGCAGAGUUCACGGUCCGGGAGGCGAAGAGGGGGAAGAGGAUGUAG